AGUUCAUGGAAUCAUGUGUACAGUCCUAAGAGCUUAGAAAUGUGUUAUGACUUCCUCAAAAUUGCUCAAGCUUGUAUGGUGGAUGCCAAUGGUGAUGAUGGAUUUGAAGUUUCAAAAAAUAGGACAAGCACAUUGUGAAGUUGGCGAUGAGAAGGUGCACAUGUAGGAUAUGGACAUCUUUAGAAUACCAUGUCCUCAUGCAAUAAGGGCACUACAGUACUUGAAGAAAGACCCUUUAUAGGAGAUACCUUUGGUGGUACACAAAAAAGGCCUACCUGCUGGCUUAUCACCACAAGACACAACCAGAUCCUGCUGAGAAAUUCUGGACAGUUGAUCCAGCUCAUGCAAUGGAUCCAUCAGAUUUGGUGAAUCUGGCAGAUAGGUCUAGAGUCAAGAGAUCCCGACAAAAGAAUAAAGCAAGUAAGAGGUAGUUUGAGUGGAGUUUGUUUAGGAAAGGCAAGAUAAUGGCUUAUGGAAUCUGUGAAGGAACUGGCCACAAUGCAUGGGGAUGUAAAAAGCCACUAAAAGCAAUGAAAAAGAGGCAAAGAUCAGCUAUAGCUCAAUCAUCUAAAGGUAAGCAACCAACAGAUUCAUUGAAGUCAUCCAAAGGCAAGAAGUCUUUUGAUGUGGGGCAGACAUCAAAAAUUAGGCAGGCAACAUCUAAGAGAAUGAGAACUUUGAUUAGUGAAAACAGUGAAGAUGAAGUCACGCAAACACAAAGAGAUUCUCAAUUGUACGCAUCAAGUGUCACGACCCCGGUCAGACUACUGUCUUCAUACGUGCUCAAGAGUAAAUCCUUGUCCAUACUUUGGGGAAAGGAGGCAGUGACUGGGAAUCAGCAGGAGAGGCAAUGCAGGCAACAAAGACUUCAAAAAUUAACACCCAGAAAGGGGAAAGGAAGUGACAUUUAG